CAAUAGCCACGGCGGCGGCGGCGGGCGGCGGCAGCAGCAACAGCAGCAGGCGACGGUGAUGUUUUGUUGUUCAGUUUUCUGUCGCUCUUUACUGGAGUCACUUGUAUUGCUUUAUCAGGGUGGCGGCUCGUAUCCGAAUCCCACCACACUUUUCUGGCCUCACCUCCAUUGUUCUGAAUAUAAAAUGACACGUAGGUAACAAGCAGGGACGAUAACAAAAAAAGAACAUUGAUAUUUACACAGUUAUUUCUACAUUGUUUUGGAUUUACUGAAGUCUUGCGCUGGCGAAUGUUGCUCUUUUCUCUCCCUUCAGGCACCAAUUUCUCUCUUUAAGGUCCCCCUCCUCGAAAAAAAUUCUACGAUUUUUCUGUUACCUUUCUUACCUUUAAACUCCAAUAUCAAAUUUUCGUCCCAAAGUACAUACAUACAUACAUACCGACCUACCGACCUACCUGUAUGUAUAUGCAUAUACGUAGGCACGCUCCCGGUAAAUAUGAAUUACAAAGUAUUUCUAUGUUCCGGCUGAACAUAUUUCUUCUCUCGUUUCUUCACGAUUUCCUGCUGUCACUCUUCAGGGCUGUUCGCGCACCCACUUAUAUUGUGUUCAUUUUUUGCUUAUCUCUCUCCCUGCCCCACCCGGCUGUCAACUGUCAAAUUCCCACGUAAUUCUACGCAGGCUAAAAAAGAGAAGUGUGUAUAAUAGCUGGACGAAUGUAAUGGGUGUUGGAUUAACUAAACGGAAGACUCUGACAAUAAAUGAACGAACCAAUUUAUCAAGGAUCAACCCAAUAUCUUUCGGAAAGUACGAAGCAGAGAUGGCGCUCAAAGACACAUCACCUGGAACCUACCUGAUGUACAAGGAUUAUGAAUCUAACCAAAUUUAUCUCUCUGUCAGAACUGACAGUGUGUUGCGACAUCAUAUGGUCACACAAAGUGAUGGUCUGUUCUAUCUGGACAAACAACCCUACCCGUAUCUCGAUUCUAUCGUACUUUACCACAAAAAGCAUAAACUCCAUGGUAUCAAAUUAACACAACAGGCUCCGCUGAGUGCCAGAAUUGUGAAAUGCUUUGCUGCAAGAUUUGCUGCCAACAAUGGCAACAUUCUGCCUCAGAAAACUGAAGAUAAAAACAAAAUGCUUGAAGAGACAUUAUCUCGUUUGUAA